AUGGGGAAAGGGGCAAUUAAAACUAGCUUCCUCUCUGCCUUCCAGGCAGACCACAGCACGGAAAAGUGGCAGAAAGGGGAAGAGGGCAACGGGGGUUCCAGGGGCUGCUGCGGCUUCGACUGGGACACGAAGACUCGUUUAACCUGGACUAGGAUCGUCCUCACCGGUCGGUUUGCUGAUAGCUCUUGUUCAUUUCCUGACAAGAAGCUUCAAGUGGACUUAAGGGCUACAGAACCUCCUGUUUUGCUGGAUGCUAAUUGGAACGAAAUAAUGGAUUCUGAGGGGACACGUGGUUCUCCAUAUUGGAGACAAAACUCCAGAAAAAUUAAUGCAAUGCUCAUUAGUCAGUUUGCCAAGCUUCAUCAUCGCCAAAAAAGGAUGAGGGAAGAAGAUUCUGGAUUAAGGGAUAUUUUGGAUAAGAUUGAGGAGGUUUUGGAGGCAUCGCAUGGUCUAGAGGGUGUUGCUGCUACACUUCGAGAGCUCACCACACUGGCCACAAGGGACAGAAACCAAGUCAACACACAGCAGGCAUUGCAUCUCAAACAGGCUUUUACCUGCCUUGUUUGUAGAGACAUCAUCAGUGAACCUGUGCUGUCUGAGUGUUGCCGGAGCCUUGUUGGCUGUAGAGGUUGCAUAGAACAGUGGGCAUCAACUUCAAACCAGUGCGUGAAGUGCAGGUCUGAGUUCUCUAUGAACAACAUCAUCAGGGUAGCUGGUCUGUCAGCUGUUUUAGAUGUUGUGAAAGAGCUUGAAAGUAGAAGUGUAUAA